AUGUUGUCUAUUAAGCGCUUACCGACGUUAUCCGCGUCGAAAAUACAGUCAAAAAUAUGUUUUGAUUUUAAAAAUGUGAUCGUCGAAAGAAAUAUAAACAAUAAUUAUUCUUCUAAAUUAAUAGAUCUAUGCAAAUCUGUAUUUGUUUUACAUCGGAUUACAAGCAAAUCCAAGCACCCACAAUUACGCCAUUUCAAUGCUGAGUUCAGAGCUGCACAAGCUUUACUGAGAAGGUCGAACUUACCUGGCCUUAACUCAUACUUGAACUUUAGGUCUCUGGCCAGAAGUUUGCAUACAAGUUCAUCUAAUUAUAACAAGGAUGCCGAUAAGGACAAGGAUAAAGACAAAAAGAAGAAUGACGACGCUAAUAUCCCAUCGAUAAUGGUCAAGGCGCUGUUCUGGUUGAUGACCACCUUCACCCUCAUUAUCAUGAGCUCCAUGCUGCUACCUGGUGAUAAUCCACAGAGUGAGUUUGUGAGAUAUGUAUCAUGGAACGAGUUUGUAUAUUCGAUGCUGUCGAAAGGCGAGGUAGAAGAGUUGAUAGUUAGACCAGACAUUGAAGUGGUGACUAUCAUAUUACAUGAGGGAGCCGUCAUUAAGGGGAGAAAGGCAACCAGCCGCGUGUACCACAUGAAUGUUGGAGAUAUACACAGAUUCGAAGAGAAAUUGCGAGAAACUGAACAGAGCUUGGGUGUGAAGGAGGGGGUAAGAGUGAUAUACGACCGCAACGGUAGCGUGGCUGGUAAAGUUAUCACCACACUGCUCAUCACUGCUGUGAUAUUGUUGUUCCUCUAUUCUACUAAGUCAAUGAAGAUGAACAUCAAUUUGGGUGGAUUCAGCCAACUGAGCCGUGCGAAAUUCACGCUGGUAGAUUCCAUGAGCGGGCAAGGCAAGGGCGUCAAGUUCGACGACGUGGCUGGCCUGAAGGAGGCCAAGGUUGAGGUUAUGGAGUUUGUGGACUACCUGAAGAGACCUGAGCAUUAUAAGAGCUUGGGAGCUAAGGUACCCAAGGGUGCUCUGCUCUUGGGCCCGCCCGGGUGUGGGAAGACCUUGCUGGCCAAAGCUGUGGCCACUGAGGCCAACGUACCUUUCCUCUCUAUGAAUGGGUCAGAGUUCAUAGAAAUGAUUGGAGGACUUGGAGCGGCCAGGGUGCGGGAUCUAUUCAAAGAGGCCAGCUCCCGAGCACCUUGCAUCAUCUACAUAGACGAGAUGGAUGCUGUCGGCCGGGCUCGUUCCUCCGGGCCCAGCUCGUUCGGGGGUGCGGGGGGCGAGGGGGAGCAGACACUCAACCAGCUGCUGGUAGAAAUGGAUGGGAUGAAGAGCCGCGAGGGGGUAGUGGUGCUGGCUUCGACCAAUCGAGCCGAUGUGCUGGAUAAGGCGUUGCUCAGGCCCGGCCGCUUCGAUCGUCACAUACUGAUCGACCUUCCCACGCUCAUAGAGCGGGAGGAAAUAUUUCAAAGGCAUCUGAAGAAUAUUGUGCUCGAGGAUCUACCUUCGUACUAUGUGAAGAGGCUCGCAUACCUGACGCCGGGGUUCAGUGGCGCGGACAUAGCGAACGUGUGCAACGAGGCGGCGCUGCACGCGGCGAGGCACAAGCAGAGCAUCGUGAAGGCGGCCGAUUUGGAGUACGCCGUCGAGAGGGUCGUGGGUGGAACGGAAAAACGCAGUCACGCGAUGUCUCCCACGGAAAAGAAGAUAGUCGCGUACCACGAGUCCGGCCACGCCUUGAUCGGCUGGCUCCUGGAACAUACGGACGCGCUGCUCAAAGUGACCAUAGUGCCCAGGACCAACAUGGCGCUGGGUUUCGCGCAAUACACCACCAGCGAUCAGAAGUUGUACACUACGGAAGAGCUAUUCGACCGCAUGUGCAUGGCGCUCGGAGGCCGCGCGGCUGAAGCUAUCACCUUCAACUCCAUCACCAGCGGCGCCAAGAACGACCUGGAGAAGGUCACCAAGAUCGCGUAUGCGCAGGUGCGAGUUUACGGCAUGUCGCCAACAGUGGGGCUGCUCUCGUUCCCCGACCUGAACACGCGCGGGAAGAGCCCCUUCUCCAAGUCGCUGAAGAACCUGAUAGAUGUGGAGGCGAGGCGGGUCAUCGCCAGGGCGUACUACAGGACGGAGGAUAUACUGAGGAAGAACGAGGGGAAAUUGAAAGCGCUCGCAGAGGAACUACUAAAGAAAGAAACGCUCAACUAUAAAGAAGUGGAGGCGAUCCUGGGGCCACCUCCCUUCCCAAAGAAGAAAUUCAUCGAGCCGGUGGAGUUUGAGACCGAUUUGAAGAAUAUGGAAAAAGCGGCCUCUGGCGAGGAGCGUGCCGACAUCGGAGCCCCUUCGGCCAAGCCAGAGUCGCCGGCCGGCGUGUAAAUACGAGAAAUCAAUGUAUUAUAUUAUUAAUUUUGUAGAUGAAUGUAAGAUUAGUUUGAAAUAAAUUUGAAUUUUACUUAUCGU